AUGGUUAGACCAUUACUAGCACAAUUAAUGGAAAAUCAUUUAAAAGAAAAAGAAAAUGAUGAUCAAAAUGUCACGUAUUUUAAACGUACAAUAAUACAUGAAAUUAAAGAACGAUUUAAACUUGGCUGGACUGAAACAAGUUCUGUCUCUGUCAAACAAAUCGCGUCUUUUCUAGAUCCUCGAUGUAGAACCCAAAACAAUAAUUUGGAACAAGAACUACCAGUUCAAAGGAGCGAUCUCGAAUUUUUGUAUGGAAAUAUAAUUACAGACAGUAAUGACAGAAGUAUUCAAUUUCAAAAUUUUAUAUCUGAACCUCAAUUGAGAUUCGAUCUAAAUGCAUUUGAAUGGUGGAAAUGUAGAGAGAAUAAAUAUCCAGCUCUUGCAGAAUUAGCGAAGCAAUAUUUAUCUAUUCCUGCCACGUCCGUCAGCUCCGAGAGAUGUUUUUCUACUGCUGGAAACAUAGUUACUUCGAAAAGGACAUGUUUACUGACUAAAAAUGUAAAAAUUCUGAUAUUUUUAUACCAACAUCGAGAAUUAUUGCACUAA